CAGCUGUUCUCAGUUGCACUGUGUGCCUUGCUGCUGUGGGGACAGACCAGAGCCGUACUAAUCCAGACCAAUGUUAAGUAGAGAGAGAGAGAGAGAAAGAGAGAGUGGCAGAUAAGUAAACAGAGUCAGUGCAGAUUUUGCUCAGUGGAUUAUCAUCUGAAACAAACUGGACCUGUUUCUGUAGCUGAAGGUAGAGACUCAGCGUUGUUGUGGAUUGCAGUUCAGACAGAGCGUCAUGCUGGUUAGAAACCGGGGCAGAAAACUAUGGCAGAUGAACCCCGAUCCUCUCAUGCGUCGUAUCAUUUAGCAUGGUGAAGACCUCAGUUUGGUUCAGUAUACCUUGGACUUGUGGACUGGUGUGGGAGACUCACUUGCAUUGACAUUGACCCAUAACCCCCAACUCUUACUUUACAGGUUCUGUCUCCCCUGAAGUUGGACUCUAAUUUUAGCUUUUGACCCCUGGAACAGGAAAGGGACGUUCAGUUUCGCAGGGGGUGAUACCUGGUGAGAACCAGUCUGGACUGCUGACCCCCCCCUCGUCAUUUUUUCAUAGUAAUCACCAGACAACAGGAACAGCAUUUGUUCUGCUGCCCUGGAGCUGUACAUUUAAAGCACCCAUCUGGACAUUCUUGCCCCAAGACAUGGGCUUUCACUGGGGCAGCGUUGGGCUGCUGGUUGGCAUGGUUCUACUCAGUGUGGAGGGAAGUGGAGCCCAACAGACCCAGACCAAGAACAACGUCCCAAGACUAAAACUUUUCUACAAAGACAUGCUGGAGUCAAACAACCUUGUGACAUUCGAAGGCCUGGCCAACAGUUCGUCUUACCACACCUUCCUGUUGGAUGAGGAGAAAGGAAGACUUAUAGUUGGAGCCAAGGACCACAUCUUCUCUUUUAACCUCCUCAAUAUCAGCAAAGACUACGCACAGAUUCCUUGGCCAGCUUCUCCCACCAGAAGGGAUGAGUGCAAGUGGGCAGGAAAAGAUCUCGCGAGGGAGUGCUCAAAUUUCAUCAAGGUGCUGCAACCAUUCAAUCAGACGCACAUCUACGCGUGUGGAACAGGAGCUUUCCACCCGGUGUGUUCUUACCUGGAGGUGGGCAAGAAACCAGAGGACAGUGUGUUCAGACUGGAGCCUCAUGUAGAAAAUGGUCGGGGGAAGAGUCCAUAUGAUCCCAAGCUGCUGACUGCAUCCAUGCUAAUUGAUGGGGAACUUUAUGCCGGAACAUCAGCUGACUUCAUGGGGCGGGACUUUGCCAUUUUCCGCACUCUCGGCAAGCAUCACCCAAUCAGAACGGAGCAGCAUGACUCUCGGUGGCUAAAUGAUCCCAGGUUUGUCGGCAUUCAUCAGGUUCCCGAGAGCGACAACCCAGAAGACGAUAAAAUCUACCUGUUCUUCAGAGAGAAUGCCAUGGAUGGAGAGCAUGCUGGGAAGGCCACUCACGCUCGCAUCGGACAGAUAUGCAAAAACGACUUAGGAGGCCACAGGAGUCUGGUGAAUAAGUGGACAACCUUCCUGAAAGCUCGACUCAUUUGCUCUGUGCCUGGCAGUAAUGGAAUCGACACCCACUUUGAUGAACUGCAGGAUGUUUUCCUCAUGAGCACAAAGGAUCCCAAGAGCCCAAUCAUCUAUGCAGCUUUUACCACUUCCAGCAACAUUUUCAAAGGUUCAGCUGUAUGUAUGUACAGCAUGACUGACAUCAGGAGAGUGUUUCUGGGUCCGUAUGCUCACAGAGAUGGACCUAACUAUCAGUGGGUGCCCUUCCAGGGACGUGUUCCCUACCCACGGCCUGGAACAUGUCCAAGCAAGACUUUUGGAGGUUUUGAUACAACUAAGGACCUUCCAGAUGAAGUUGUAACCUUUGCCAGAAGCCAUCCAGCCAUGUUCAACCCUGUCUACCCCAUAAACAAUCGACCGAUCAUCAUCAAAACAGACGUCGACUACCAGUUCACCCAGAUAGUGGUGGACAAAGUAGAAGCAGAAGACGGCCAAUACGAUGUCAUGUUCAUAGGCACAGACAUGGGGACAGUUCUGAAAGUGGUGUCCGUCCCCAGAGGCUCCUGGCAUGACCUGGAAGAAGUCCUGUUGGAAGAAAUGACUGUCUUUAGAGAGCCAACAGCCAUUACAGCCAUGGAACUUUCAGCUAAACAGCAACAACUGUACCUGGGCUCGGACAUUGGCGUUUCCCAGAUGCCUUUGCAUCGGUGUGAGGUUUAUGGGAAGGCCUGUGCUGAAUGCUGCCUGGCAAGGGACCCUUACUGUGCAUGGGAUGGCACCAUGUGCUCCAGAUACUUUCCCAUGGCCAAGAGGAGAACGAGGAGACAAGACAUCAGGAACGGAGACCCACUCACGCAAUGCUCUGAUCUGCAACACCAUGAUGAACUCAGUGGGCAGACGACUCUCCAGGAUAAAACUGUGUAUGGUGUGGAGAACAGCAGCACUUUUCUGGAAUGCAGUCCUAAGUCCCAGAGGGCCAUGACGCACUGGCAGUAUCAGCGUUCCACUGAGGACCGCAAACACGAGAUCCAGUCAGAGGAGCGUUUCAUCCACACAGAGCAGGGCCUGCUAAUCCGCACGCUGACCAAGAGGGAUUCAGGCAUCUAUCUGUGCCAGGCGGUGGAGCACGGCUUCAUGCAGACACUUUUGAAGGUGACUUUAGAGGUCAUCAGUACCGAGCGCCUGGAGGAUUUGCUGCACCACGACGAAGAGGCCACGGCUGCCGCCGCUGCUGCUGUCCCCACCCUGGACUUUUCCUCCCCCCGAGACUCUCCAAACCACAAGCUAUGGUACAGAGACUUCCUGUCUUUGGUGAAUCACCCGACUCUAAACACCGUGGACGAUUUCUGCGAGCAAGUGUGGAAAAGGGAGAGGAAGCACAGGAGGCAGAAAGCUCACCUGGUGCAGCAAGGACAAAUACACCACCAUCAGCAGCAACGGCAACAACAACAACAACAGCAGCAGCAGCAGCAGCAGCAGCAGAAGGUUCUGCUGAACCCGCACACGCACAUGCACGCUCACGGGCUGGCAGCCAAGUGGAAACACCUGCAGGAGAGGCAAAAGGGCCGCAACCGCAGGACCCAUGAACUGGAGAGGGCCCCCCGCAGCGUCUGACCUAUAUAAACAUUACAUUUUAACACCCAGAAACAUGAAACCACACCCACUCCUCAUUCUCUAGCUCAGUUUUUCUUCCUCAUACUACACGGACUUCUUCCACAAAAGACUGGAUGGGAAAAGUGAAACUGGAAAAUGGGGUAAUACCUCCCUGAUGUGCUGGCCUUGCGUGGGCAGCCAUGUUUAUGGUAUGGCCUUUGCAGGGGACUGCGAGGAAACGGGAUGUUACUGCAUAUCACAGCAGCGCAUUAUUAUCUCAGCUGCAGAAGGACAGUGAAGUCCAACCAGCACAAGAGCUGGGUACAUAACUGUAAAUCCACCCUGAGGUGGCUGUGUCGAUGGCAUCGUCUCAUGGCAUGCUAGUUAGGUGUUUUUUUUGUCAGCGUGAAACUAAAUCAAUACCUAAAAAUACCUGAUUAUUCCUUUUUUUUCUACUUCUCAAAUAUGAGUACAAUGGAAAGGGAAUGUUUCUAGAGUGGAAUUAAAGAUUAUUGAAAGCACAAGUUGGGAUAUUUGGUAACUUAGCAACCAAUCAGUCAAUGUGAGAGACAUAAUUGCCCGAGUGCUGCAAGAAAUGGAACAGUCACCAUUUGUUUGAUGAAUAUUAUGUAGCUAAAAUGUGUCAAUGCUGUAUUCUGUGACGUCUCCUCAAACUAAAGGGAAUGGUUUGCAAUGGCCGUGUGUCUUUACAUUGUUUCCCCUCCAAGUCCUUCCUGAAAUCAUCUGUAAACAGAGAGAUUUUCCACACGAGGAUGGUUUUGUGCUUCGUCUUUUUUCUUUCGUCAGAUUCCUUCUCAUCAGAUACGGACUGUGCUUUUACAGAGAUGUCGGUGCACAAAAAAAAAAAAGAUUUCACAAUGCUCUGUACACACUUUGUCUCCACUACAUGUGUAUUUAUUAUUCUACAAUGAUGUACAUUGUGAAAAUAUUAGUUUCUUUUCUUUUUUUUUGCAUUAUUAUUGAUUUUCUGGCAAUGUAUGAUUUGAUUUGCAGGACCAAUCGCUUUAAAUAACUGUAUUAUCACAAAUAAUUCAGUAGACUGGAAAGUAUACAUAUGCAUAUAUAUAUAUAUAUAUAUCAAUAUUGGUCGAUAUUACAUGCAUUGCAUAGGAAAUGCACUGAGCAAUAAUCACGUAUCCAUAUAUUUUCCCUACAUUGCCUCGUAUCCAUAUUUCACACACAGUCUUACUGUACAUACCAUAAAAACAUCUGGAUAUGAAAAUCCACAAUUAUACCACACACACACACACAAAACUAGAAUGUAGCUGUGAACAUUAUGUAAAUAGAAAAUGUCUAAUGUGAUGACACUGUGUACUAGUGCAUGUGAAUACGAUUGUAGUGUUUUGCUAUAGCUCUACUAGUCUGAUGUUGUCAUUGUUAUCCUGUUAUUUCCUGACGUGUUUCAACAUGUUCACCAUUUCAGAGAUGUAAAUAUAACUAUGAAUUCUCA